UCACUAUGAUUCUGGAGCCUCCGCUUCUCAGCCCGAGUCAAAUUAUAAUUAAAACAAACACAAAAUGUCAGUUGCAUUUACGAGAAGCUCGGCAACCCGGAUUGAAACGUCGGCAGCGAUGUGAACAACGAAAAAUAUUUUCUCGUUUCUAUGAUCCAACGAAUCAAAGCUUACGCCGGCUUGGCGAUGAACGCUUUUUACCCAAUUUUUAACUCUGCGCCCAUCCUUAACACGUGAUAUGCAAUACAAACAGGAGUUUUAUUAAAUCCGAGGCUAAGAUGUGGCCUAACAACUUGACCUCAGGUUGCAGCCCCGAGUCGGAAGUCGGCCUAGGAGGAUUCGGAUCAUGCGGAGCGCCGACCGGAAGCUACCUCAAGUCGCAGCCAUACCCGGGGACGAUAGCCCUCAUGGAUUCGAUCCAUUCGUCUAUGGGAUAUCCUAAUUUAGGUAUGAACCCUAGAAAGCAAAGGAGGGAGCGGACGACCUUCACCAGAGCUCAACUAGACGUACUCGAAGCGUUAUUCGCCAAGACCAGGUACCCGGACAUAUUCAUGAGGGAAGAAGUCGCCCUGAAAAUCAACCUACCGGAAUCUCGAGUUCAGGUUUGGUUUAAAAAUAGAAGAGCAAAAUGUAGACAGCAGGUGAAGCAACAACAGGCUCAAUCAGGAGGAGAGAAGCAGGCAAUGACAGGAAGAGGGUCUUUGAAGAGCAAAACGACAGGGAGCAGUACUCCUAAACCUCUCGUCAACAACGCCACAAGGGAAUCGCCCACCACAUAUCCAAAGUUGAAUCAAACUUCAUACACCACAGGGUGCAAUUCUUCCAUAUGGAGCCCAGCGGUUCUCGAUUCUAAUGACCAGAGUAGCAGACUGGGCAGCGGUACCCUAUCGAGUGCCGCUUCAAGCUACGGCAGCAGUUAUUCCCACAAUUAUUCUUCUUACUAUUCUAAUAUGGACUACCUACCUCCUCCUCCACCGCCUCCUGCCGAAAACAGUAUGGAUAGCACUUGGGGUAAAAGAGAAGACAGUUCUUGGUUUUACAACUCGGGUGGUUGGGACCAUCGCAAGUGAGAAACAAGGUCUUAAAACGAACAAUUACAAUUUCUGCAGAUCAGUGUGCGAGGAAGGAUCCCGGCAUUCUUUCUCCUGGAGCCAACUGUAGCCUAUUCAUCAACAUUAGGGAAAAUCAGGGAGUAGAUGGCUCAAGCUGGCUGCACUGAAAAUCCCUUUAUGAUUUUAUUUUAAUUAAUUAAUUUAUUUUUUAUUUAUUUUAUUUUAUUUUUUUGAAGGCCUACAUUUUAGGUCCUUGCCUACAUAUCCCCAUUUCAUGAUCUGUCCCAAUCCCAAUUUGUUUACAAAAAUUGGCUGUAUAUAAAGGUAAAUAGGUUUAUUCGUGGCUAAAAUGUAUUUAGCAACCAAAAAUUAAAAAAACUUUAACGAACAUGUUGUGGACUGUGAUUCGUUUUAGUUUAAUGUUAGAUUACAACUGAAAAAAAGAAAAAAAUAGUUGUUACCAAAAAUAGUGUGUACCUCAGCUUACUGACACUCCCAGUUGGUUAUCUAACCAUUUCUGUUAUAUUUUAGGUGUUAUUUAUUGUACUCAAGAAUUAAGGAUAUUCUUUGCAUUAACUAAUAAAACUUUAUAAAAUAAUUUAUUAUAUGCUUAAUGAUAAAAAUGUUGUUACUGUUUGACAUUGUGCUAUUAAAACUUCAAUUUUUUUUUCAUUUUAACUAAAUUGAGAUAAAUGACAAUGUCGAAACAAUUAGUCACACAUAUGAUUUUAUCUUAACAUUUUGAUUUAUCAAUGAGUUGUGCAAAUGGUUAUUGGUUAAUAUAAUUGAUACAAGAUUGUUUUUUGUUAUUGCUUGUCAAUAAAAACUGUAAUGUUCCUUUAAAAAGGGAAAAAAUGUUAUGCUUAGUGACUUCAUUUUGAUUCAUUCAAAGUAUUACUGAAGAAAGUCACUUAAACGAUUGAUUAAAUUGGCCUAAAAUCAUUUUAAAUAAGUAAAUAGUUCCUCGAAAAGUGAAUAUGCAAGGCCUAUGUUGUUUUUCCUAAACAAUUUUUUAAAAAUGACACCAAAUAUUCAAAACCAAUAUAAAAUUGUAUAAAUUCUGACAACUUUGAAAUAAUAAAUUGAAAGCUUUUUCUGUGUUUUUUGACACAUUGAUGUAUACGAAUUACAAUCAAGGAAAUGCCUAUGUUGUAUACGGAGAAUCUUAGACUUUUAUUGUUGGAAUGUCAAUUUUUUUUAAAUAUUUUGGAAGGUGAUAAGCAUCGGGUUAGUGUAAAUGUUUAUAAAUAACUAACUAAUCGGUUAGAUAAAAGACAAAUAAUAAAAUUCUGUGCAUGUAGAUAUGUAAAUUAAUAGAGUUACAAAUGUGGUGUGUUUUGUUCAAUUGAGUGUACAUGAAAUCUGUAGAAUUGCAUUGCUCAGACUGGUACUAAGAUGUGUUUUGUGUUCAUAACUAUAUUCG